AUGGCAUUGGUUUUGCGGUUCGUAAAUAGUCAAGGAGUUGUUGUAGAGAGGUUUAUUGGCAUAAAACAUGUCAGUGAUACUUCGGCUUUGUGUCUAAAGGCGACUAUUUAUUCUUUUUUGACAGAAUGUGGAUUAAGUCCACAUAGAAUUCGAGGACAAGGUUAUGAUGGAGCUAGUAACAUGAACGGUGCAUUUAAUGGAUUGAAGACACUAAUUAUGAAAGAAGUGAAAUCUGCACAUUAUAUUCAUUGUUUUGCUCAUCAGUUACAGUUAGCACUUGUGUUUGUUGCAAAGAAUCAUCCUGACAUCAAUGACUUUUUUGAUUUGAUUUCUCGUUUGUUAAACAUGCUUGGUUCUUCCUAUAAACGUCGAGACAACUUAAGAGAGAAACAAACAACAAAAGUGGUGGAAGCAUUGGCUGCAAGUGAAAUUCAAAGUGGUACAGGUUUGAAUCAAGAAGUCGGUAUCAAACGACCUUGUGAUACUCGUUGGGGUUCUCAUUUUGGUUCACUCUUAAAUAUCAAGAGAACGUAUUCUUCAAUUUGUGAAGUACUUGAAGACAUUAAAGUUAAUGGUUACUGUCAAGAUCAUAGAGGGGAAGCACGUCGUCUCUUGAGGGAUUACAAAUGA